CUUAGAACGUCUAGUCCAGGUCUUUUGAGCGCCGAGGUGAGAAGGGAGGAUGGGAUCCAACGCUGAUGACAGCCGGUUCGUGCGGCGGGCGCCUCGUGGCUUCGGCUGCGCACAGAGGCACGCGAGGGACUCGGAACUGAAUUCUCGCUUUCUUCCAAAAGACUUGUCUAGCUCCCUAACGAAUGGUGGCUUUUUCCCGAGUUUGAUUGACUAAAUAAUAUUCGUGUGAAGCGCUGUCCACUUCACAUCGAAACUCAUAGAGCACUCAAGCAUCUG